AUGGAUGACGAGAAGGAUGCUUUGGAGGCCAUCUACCAGGAAGAGUUUGAGAUCCUGGCCGAUGGCACAUGGCGGAUUGGCCUACCUGAGCACGGUUGCAAAGUGAAGGUCAAGGUGGAUUCAAGAUAUCCAGACCAGGCCGCCCCGAAGGCUGCAUUGGAAUUUGACCCUUGGCCUGCGCAUGGCACUGCCCUUGCUCAGAGGAUGGAGAUGGAACUGCCACCCCUGUGGAGUCCAGGUGAAAGUUGCAUCUACCAAUGGGUGGAGCACGUGCGCGAGGCCCUGGCUGCCAUGGAAGACUCACCUGCAGAGGCGGAGGCAGCUUCAGUGGAGGCACAGGAGCUCAAGCCAAGCAGUGUCCCCUUGUCGCCUGAGAUGCGCAGUGCCGUGGGCCCGUCCCUGUGCUCCGCCGGCUUCAGCGAUUUCAGCGGCGUCUUCGCGGAGAGCGAGCGCGGCGUGACGGUGGAGGUCGGGGAGGAGCUGAGCAUCACGGUGGACGGUGUUGAUGCAGAAGAUUUGAUGGACUGGGCCUCCAUGCAGCUCACAGCUGAUCCUGAAAACUUCGGGGCGCGGCUGCUGGAGUGGGUCACGGCACAGCGUUCCGCGGAGCCGGGCUUCUUGGAAGAUGAAGAUACCCAGGACACUGGUCCUGACUUCCUUCCAAGCGCAGAUGAGCUGGGGGUGCGACGGGACAGGCCUUUGUUGGUGUACACAUGGGGUAAGGCACUGCGAAAAGCUGCCCCCGGUGACAGCGAACACAACUUCAAUGCUGGGAUUCUGAAUGGCCGUGGUGGUGGGGCGGAUUUGAAGUCCAUGAAUGGCUUGUGGGAUGAGGUGCAGAGCAACGUUGCCUCCUGUGGUCUUUUCCCACGCUGGAUCUCGAUGGUUUGUGCCAAGGUGGAGCAUUCCGACCUGAAAUGCAUCUCCAUCAACUGCACCAAGGGCCGGCACCGUUCGGUGGCUGCGGCGGAGAUUCUCAAGAAGACCUACUAUCCGAAUGCCACGGUGAAGCAUCUGACCAUUUAUUAA